GGAGUUGACCCUAUGUUGACUUUUAACGUUUUUCUUUGAGGUGGGGCACGGGGACCUCAUUUCUCCAAGAUCAAACGAGAGAAACACUCGCUUAUUUUAUCAUAAACAAACAUUCAGUGUGUUUCAUUUCAAAACAGCCUUAAGUGGAACAAAAAUGACGGGACUCGAGGGACUUGUGUGCGUCAAGGACUUCGAAGAAAGGGCUUUGCAAACUUUGGCGAAGCACCCACUUGAUUAUUACCAAUCGGGCGCAGGACAUGAACAUUCGCUCCGCCUGGCAAAAGAUGCUUAUCUAAGAGUCAAAUUGAAGCCCCGCGUGCUGCGAGACGUGUCCAACUGCUCAUUGAUGACAAGCGUGCUGGGUCGACCUGCCACCCUCCCCUUCGGAGUGGCACCGACCGCCCUGCAGAGGAUGGCUCACCCUGAGGGCGAAAGUGCCAACGCCAGGGCGGCGCAGACGAGGGGCGCCGUCUUCAUUCUGAGCACCCUGAGCACCACUCCUCUCGAGGACGUGGCCGUGGCUGCCUCGGACGCGCGAAAGUGGUUCCAGCUGUACAUUUACAAGGACCGCGGCGUCACCAGGCAGCUUGUCCAGCGGGCCCAGGAAGCGGGCUUUGAGGCCAUUGUGCUCACGGUCGAUGCACCCAUUUUUGGCAUUCGUUAUGCUGACACGCGCAACAAGUUUUCCCUCCCGCCUCACUUUGAGGUGGCUAAUUUCAAAGGUAUAACGCGAAGUGAUAUGACCUCCAGUGGUACUGGCUCGGGGGUUAACGAAUAUGUGGCAGGCCUGCUCGAUCGCAGUUUGACCUGGAAAGAUGUAGCCUGGCUCAAAUCGAUAACACAGCUGCCAGUGAUUUUGAAAGGAAUUUUGACCGUUGAAGAUGCUGAGCUGGCCGUGAAACACGGUGCUGCUGGCAUUAUAGUGUCCAGUCAUGGCGCGAGACAAGUCGACACCGUUCCAGCACCGCUGGAGGUUUUGCCUGGAAUCGUGGACAAGCUCAAGGGAACCAGUUGCGAAGUGUAUAUUGAUGGAGGAAUUUCUACGGGGACUGAUAUAUUCAAGGCGAUUGCCAUAGGGGCAAGAAUGGCAUUUGUUGGCAGACCUGCAGUAUGGGGACUGGCCUGUGGUGGCCAGCAGGGGGUGGAGAAGGUUCUCGGCAUCUUGGAAGAUGAGCUAAGGAUCACCAUGAUGCUCUCAGGUGUCAGUUCAAUUGAAGAAAUCAAUCGGGAUUAUGUGGACAUCCCAACAGUUUGGACAAGUGCUAGUAAACUUUGAUUCUCUUGUGUGUCUUAUUAAAAUUUCUAACGCAGAUGUAGUACGAAACUUA